UUAGUGGGGCGAUGGCUGCGCUGUGCCUCGUUUAGUUAUAGCAACACUCUCGUCAAGACAGUUCAUAGUCAAGUUGCCAAAAUGUGUGGGGAAAUGGGUAAAGCGGUGCUGAGGGCGCUGACUGGCGCGUUGCUGUGUGGGCUUGUGUCUGAUGCUGCGUAUUUACAACAAUACGAUCCAUAUGAAACACACUACGAGCAAGCGAUCAUCCGUCCGAAGCCACUGCGUGAACACGAGAAGCCACAGGACCUUCGCAACGUGCCUGGUACUCCUGGCGUCGACUUCCCCAUAUACCACAGCGUGCCAGACACCAGCUUCUCCUGUGACCAUGUUCCUGUGAGGCCUGGCAUGUAUGCUAACGUGGAAACUGGUUGCCAAGCUUACCACGUAUGCCAUGACGGUCGCGAGGGUCAGCAGGGAGCCUCGUUCCUCUGCACAAAUGGUACUCUGUUCGAUCAGGCCAAGUUCGCCUGCGAUUGGUGGUACAACGUCGACUGUUCUAAGGCCAUCACGCUUUACAAGUUGAACGCGGAUCCUUACCACAACCCAUUCAUACCUAAACCCAAACCUGAGGAGGAAGUAGCUCCAGCUCAUCCAUCCCACGGACUCCGUCCAUCUCACGGCAUCUACUACAGAAAGAUCUAGAAUAGCAGAGAAGCAAACAAAACGCCAUUACAGUAGGAAAUAGCACAUAAGUAAUUUGGAAAAACCCAUCGAAAAUAGCUUUUUGUGAUUUUAAAGCGUCCAAUCUAAUUCCAACUUUAUUUUUCCGCAUAAUAGAAUACAUUUUGUCAACACCUUAUCACGCAUCCAACAUCGAUUUUUACACUUACAUCGUAGAAGUAAUUUUUGUUUUAUUUAAAUUAUAAAAAUACUUUUACAUUUUUCCAUUAUUCAUUAUUGUAAAAUGAUACUUAUUGUCAUGUCGUGAGAAGAUAUUUUGUAUUGGAGAUUAUUUUUAAACAAUUACGUGUGCGUGUAUUUAAACAGGGUCUGCCUUAUUUAAUUUUAAACACGUACAAAAUGCACAUUGUAAAUAAGUUGUUUUAAUGUAGAUAAUGGAAUUGGAUUUUUUAUUUUUCGCGAAAUGAGUAUUGCCUUUAUUAUCUUACUAGUUAAUAACAGAAUGCUUCUCUGUACUUGCUUUACUUAAAUUAGUAAUAAACCUUGCCUUUUUUCACAUCAUUGCAUUGGCAGCUUUAGAAUAGAUCUCAUUUUCAUAUUUUUCGUAUGCAAUUUAAUUUAAAAAAGCAUUUACAUAAUGUAAAUAGUAGCUGUAGCUAACGAAAAUGUAUUCAACUUUUUAAAAAAGAAUAUGGCAGACCCAUUUUAAACUAGAAACAAAACAAAGUAGCACAUUUCAUCUCAAGAAUUUACAACUUCAUACCUAUUCAUACGCAUUACAUUAGAUACAUUUUUCCAACUUUUUUCAUUAGUUUGUAGAAAUUUCAACUUUCACUAGCUAAGAAUAAAUUUUGUAACAUAUUUUUCUAGAAUUAAAAAUAUCUAUUUUCUUAUUUAAA